AUGAAUCUCAACCAAAUAGAAUUUAAAAAUAAGGAUACUUUUAUUCUUCACGUGUUUGAUAGAGAAAUAAAUGCCCAAACUGCACCUAAAAUAUUGUCUCAGUUAAAUCCAAAUGAGGUAAUGAAUAUAUUAAAAUAUCUCAUUCAACAGUUUGAGUCAAACACUCAAAUCUCUCAACAACGAAUCCUAAAUUGGUUAAUGGCUUUCUUUGAUGCUCACAUCACUCUCUUAAUUACUGAUCAACAAUUUACUGCUCCAUUAAAACAAUUAUUUGCUAUUCUUCAAAAAGAAAUUCAACUCUCAGAAAACUGUGAAGCUCUCAAACCAUAUAUCGAGCAAAUCAAGUUUAACUUACCAUUACCAACAGUUAACACUGAUGAAUAUGUCGUUAUUGAUUUAUUAUACCAAUAA